AUUUGGACUUAUUUUGUAUUUGAUCAAUAACUGUAUCAUAGUAACCAAAUAACAUUCAUUAAAAGAAUAGUGCUACUUCUAAACUUACCUUAUUGUACAUAAUUUGAAAUAUUGAUAAUAUUUUUAAUGUUUUUUAUAAUAUUUUUUUUGAUAACUACAAAGUUCAUAGUAUAAAUUAGUGUGUUAUUCAAAUAUUUUUAAUCAGUUAUUUAAUUAUUUAAAUAUUUCUUAUUCUGUUAUGAAAUCAUUAAAAUCACGAACCAAGCGCAUAGUUCCACCAUUUAGCUCUCAAUCACGUCAGCCAAAUACAGUUGUUGCUGGCCCCCCACGAACACGCUCAUGUCAAACACCAAUUGGAAAUACUGCAUUUCGACGAUAUUACGAUAGAGGUGAUUUUAUGUUAUCCGUUGAUAGUGGACGAGUUAUGUGGAAAACACCAUUUGAAAAAAUAGAUUAUCACCAUUAUUUACCAAUAUUUUUUGAUGGAUUACGUGAAAUUGCAUACCCAUAUCGAGCAGUGGCUGAGCGUGGAGCCAUAGAUAUGUUAAAAAAUGGUACACCAGAUCGUAUACUACCUGUUGUGCCCCAACUAAUCAUUCCAAUAAAAUUAGCACUUAACACAGGUCAUCCAGAUGUAGUAAUAGCUACAUUAAAAAUGAUACAAACAUUAGUGACAUCAGCUGACAUGGUUGGAGAAGCUCUAGUGCCUUAUUAUAGACAAAUACUGCCUCCUCUAAAUGUAUAUAAGAAUCUAAACAAAAACACAGGAGAUGGUAUUGAUUAUGCACAAUAUCAACAAGAAGAUAUUGGAGACUUAGUGAAUAAUACUUUAGAAAUUCUUGAAAGACAUGGAGGCGCUCAUGCUUUUAUUAAUAUUAAAUACAUGAUUCCAACUUAUGAGUCAAGUAUGGUUAAUUAAAAUAUUAAGUUUAAGUACCUAUAAUUACUAAAAAUGUUCUUUGAAAAAAUUAUUUAUAUUCUUUUAAAAGCAUAUCUUAGAAGUAUUAGUAUAAGAUAUUUGUUAAAUAAAUUAGUUAAAUAUUUUGAGG